AUGGCAGGACGAUUCUUAGCCAAGAUACUUUCUAUCGACACUGAGAACCGGGAGGAGCGAAGAGGACCGCUUUCUUCGGGUCCAGCCUCACUUGACUCGGCUGACACAUAUGUUGAAUCGGAGCCGACGACGAAAGAGUUCCUUCUGCAAUAUCGACCAACUACUGCCGGCUUCCUUCACUAUAUUCGAACUCUCUUCCCGUUCUGGAAUUGGAUCUUCCAUUACAACCUAACAUGGCUCUUGGGCGACGUCAUCGCCGGUGUCACGGUUGGCUUUGUCGUCAUUCCUCAGGGCAUGGCAUAUGCGCUCCUCGCUAAACUACCAGCCGAAUAUGGCUUGUAUACCUCUUUUGUUGGAUUUCUACUCUACUGGGCUUUUGCGACCUCCAAAGAUAUCACCAUUGGCACUGUAGCCGUCAUGUCCACUAUUGUCGGCAACAUCGUGAUAAAAGUCCAGAAAAAGCACAAGAAUCUAACAGCAGACCAAAUAGCCAGGAGUCUUGCCCUGGUCUCUGGAGCCGUGCUCCUUUUCAUCGGUUUGACCCGAUUAGGAUGGAUCGUUGAGUUCAUUCCUUUGGUCGCAAUCACGUCAUUCAUGACUGGUGCCGCUAUUUCAAUUGCGGCCGGCCAGGUACCCACAUUGCUCGGUAUCCCCAACAUCAAUAACAGGGAAGCAACUUACAAAGUGAUCAUCAAUUCCCUGAAGCAUCUUCCGGAGGCCAAGAAGUUAGACGCUGCUUUGGGUGUGUCGGCGCUUGCUAUGCUCUAUGCUUUCCGCAUUCUUUUCAGCGUCCUAACGAAGAAAGUACCUUCGAAGAAGAAACUUUGGUUUUUCCUUUCGACUCUGCGUAUGGCCUUUGUCAUCAUCCUCUAUAUUCUAAUCAGCUGGGGCUGCAAUCGACAUGUCAAAGAUGCUAAGAAGGCCAAAUUCAAAAUCCUAGGCACAGUACCUCGGGGAUUCAAACACCACGGCGUUCCAAACAUCAAUACAGAGGUUCUUUCUGCCGUUGCCCCAGACAUCCCCGUCACCGUUAUUGUCUUGAUCCUGGAGCACAUCGCGAUCUCCAAGUCUUUCGGCCGCAUCAACAACUACGUUAUCAACCCAUCCCAAGAGCUCGUUGCUGUUGGCUUCACCAACCUAUUCGGCCCAUUCCUUGGCGCUUAUCCUGCGACCGGUUCAUUCUCUCGCACAGCCAUCAAAGCCAAAGCUGGUGUCCGAACCCCUCUUGCCGGAAUCUUCACCGCUGUCAUCGUCCUCCUGGCCCUUUACGCCCUAACCUCGGUCUUCUUCUACAUCCCCAGCGCCGCGCUUGCAGCAAUCAUCAUCCACGCUGUGCUCGACCUCAUCACCCCUCCCGCCGUUGUCUACCAAUUCUGGCAAACCUCCCCUCUUGAAGUCUUCAUCUUCUUCAUCGGCGUCUUCAUCACUAUCUUCUCAACCAUCGAAAAUGGUAUCUACUUCACCAUCGCCGCAUCCGCAGCGCUCCUCCUCUUCCGCCACAUCAAAGCCCACGGCGCGCACAUGGGAAAGGUACAUAUCUACCGCGGCAGCACAAACGACUUGCUUCGCCGUGGUCCAGGCUCUGGCGCUGUCGACGAGAAAAUCAGUCGAGAAGCAUAUAUCCCUCUCACGCACUCUGAUGGCUCGAAUCCGGCAAUUGAUGUCCAUUCACCGUAUCCCGGAGUUUAUAUUUAUCGGUUUAGUGAGGGGUUCACGUACCUUAACCAAGCGCAGUAUCUAGACGACUUGACCCAAUUCGUGCAGAAGCACUCGAGACCGACAAUUUUGGAUCGGUAUGAAAAGCUUGGUGACCGUCCCUGGAACGACCCCGGCCCCCGCCGCGGCGUCCAAAUCAACCCCGACGACGACCGCCCCGUCCUCCGCGCCAUCAUCCUAGACUUCUCAUCCGUAAACAACGUCGACACAACAUCCGUUCAAGGCCUCGUUGACGUCCGCCAUCAAUUGGAUCGCUACGCCGCGCCGAAUACCGUGGAGUGGCAUUUCGCGGGUAUUAAUAACCGCUGGACGAAGCGUGCGUUGACGGCUGCCGGGUUCGGUUACCUAUUGGGAGGUAAGGAUAGUGCGCGCGCGCAUUGGAAUCCCGUGGUUUCUUAUGUGGCGAUUGGGGAGGAGGGUGUUGCUAAGAAGGUUGGUGAUGAAGAGACUGGGCAUACGGGUGAGAAGAAGGCUAUCCCUGGGAAGUUGUCGACGCUACAUGGACUGAACAGACCGUUCUUCCAUAUUGACGUGCAGGCGGCGGUGGAGAGUGUGAUUGCGAAUGUGAGGGUGGAAGGGAAGGGUCGGGGUGUGGGAGUGCAUGAGACAGGGAGCGUAGAGAAGGGAAUUGCGACAGCGGAAAUUUUGGAUGGGCCAAGGGCGUAA